AAAGUCUCUAGCAAUGCAAGGCUCUCUUAACUUCUCCACCACCGCCACCGCCACCGCCCGUCCCAGGCCCGCAUCCUCAAUCUCCAAACAUUCACCAUUAAUCACAUGCAAGAUCCUCAUUAACCCCUUCAAGCAAAAUGUUAGUCCCAUAAAACUGCCAAUGGCACCGCCAGUACCAUUGCCAGAACCGGCACCUCCAUUUCUUGAAUCUGAACCAACAUCCAUCCCAACAGAAAGAACUACCCCCCCAACUCAUCUAAAUCCUUUUCAAAGUCUUGCAGCUGCUGUUUUAGACAAAAUUGAGACCUCGCUAAUUGUACCGUUUGAGAAAAAAGUUGUAUUGCCGAAAACGAUUGACCCAGCGGUUCAAAUGUCGGGUAAUUUUUCGCCGGCUCAAGAGUGUCCGGUUCAUCACAGUCUGGAAGUUGUGGGGCAGAUUCCCGAUACCUUACGUGGGGUUUACCUACGCAACGGCGCUAAUCCUCUGCAUGCACCCACAGGGGGACACCACUUGUUUGAUGGUGAUGGUAUGAUCCAUGCGGUUACCUUGGGCUCUGGAAACCGAGCCAGCUACAGCUGUAGAUACACCCGCACAAGCCGGUUCGAGCAAGAAGCCCAACUAGGAAGGCCUUUGUUUCCUAAGCCAAUUGGUGAGUUGCAUGGUCACUUAGGCUUGGCUCGGCUGGCUCUUUUCAUGGCUCGAGCUGCAGUCGGCUUUGUUGAUGGGACACGUGGCAGCGGUGUAGCCAAUGCCGGGCUUGUCUAUUUUAACGGUAGAUUACUGGCGAUGUCAGAGGAUGAUCUUCCUUAUAAUGUUAAGAUCAAGAGUGACGGCGAUUUGGAAACGAUCGGACGGUUCAAUUUUGAUGAUCAACUUGAUUGUCCCAUGAUUGCACACCCUAAGGUGGACCCUGUAACUGGUGAGCUCCAUGCACUUAGUUACAACGUUAUCAAGAAACCCUAUCUUAAGUACUUUAGAUUUGAUGCAUGCGCUAAGAAGUCAUGUGACUUGGAUGUUACAUUGGACCAGCCAACUAUGAUCCACGACUUUGCAAUCACAAAAAAUUUUAUGGUGAUCCCGGAUCACCAAGUCGUGUUCAAGUUAUCGGAGAUGAUUCGAGGCGGGUCACCCGUAAUUUAUGAUCAAAGCAAGAUUUCACGGUUUGGAGUCUUGUCAAAAAAAGCUGUCGAUGAUUCAAGAAUUCAGUGGAUUGACGUUCCGGAUUGCUUUUGUUUCCACUUGUGCAAUGCAUGGGAAGAGAAUUCUAGUGACGGAGACAAGAUUAUUGUUGUUAUCGGGUCGUGCAUGGACCCGCCUGAUUCCAUCUUCAACCAAUCUGAACACCCGCUUCGAAGUGAGUUGUCUGAAAUCCGUUUGAAUCUGAGGACAGGAGAGUCAACUCGAAGGGUUAUUGUCGGGGGUAUGAAUUUGGAAGCGGGUCAAGUAAACCGAAGGUUUCUAGGUCAAAAAACCCGGUUCGUUUACCUAGCAAUUGCAGAGCCUUGGCCAAAGUGUAGUGGAAUUGCAAAAGUUGAUUUGGAGACUGACGAGGUGACCAAAUUUAUUUAUGGUGCUGGUAGGUUUGGUGGUGAGCCAUGUUACGUGCCCAAAAAUGGAAAUGUUGGCGAUAAUGGAAGAAGUGAUGAUGACGGCGAAGGCUUCAUAAUGGGUUUCGUGAGAGAUGAGGAAAAGGGGAGGUCAGAAUUGGUGAUAGUGAAUUCAUCGAGCAUGAGUCAAGUAGCUUCAGUGAAAAUGCCCACUAGAGUGCCCUAUGGCUUCCAUGGUACUUUUGUCAGCGAAGCUGAUUUAAAACAACAAUCUGUGUGAUAGCUUUGCUUAAUGUACAUGCUUGUUCAUUUCCUGCUGUUUCAUCAAAAUAAACUCUUGGAGCUGCA